AUGGCAGAAGAUGAUAUCUAUAUGAAAGAUGGGACGGUAUAUUACAAAAAUAAUCUUACGAAUAAGAAGAAAACAGGAACAUGGAAGGAAAUGAAUGCUGUGAAAGGAAGAUAUUGGACAAUUGCCUGCUUCUCAAUCAUCAUGGGAAUGACACUGUUGACAUUGCCAGCAUCCAUUCCUCGCAUAAAACCAACCUGUUAUGGUAAUGAUACUUGCGACCCCACAUUUAGACACAGUGCAGUGUGCUUCCUUAUAGCUAUGGGGGACUGUAGGAAUAAAGCUCUGGGGAUUGGAGGAAUAAAGCCUUGUGUCUCAUCCUUCGGAGCAGAUGACGACGCUGACUAG